GGAAAGUGGUCUGUCUCUCUCUCUCGGUCUCGAUUUCUCCAUUCUCACUACUAAAGUAAGUAUACAACACCAUUAAAGAGCAAGCAAAAUCAAAUCGAUCUGCUGCUGAGGAUAUCGAAAAGAUGUCAUCUUUGGGUAGGAUUUUGUCUGUUUCCUACCCACCGGAUCCGUACACUCCGCGGUUUUCACAGUAUAAGCUGUCUUCUUCACUACGGCGUACUCGGAGCCUCAGAUGGCGAUUCACGGCGUUGGAUCCUGAAUCUUCCCCACUCGACUCUGAAUCCUCCGCCGAUAAAUUCGCUGCCGGGUUUUGUAUAAUAGAAGGGCCUGAAACAGUACAGGACUUUGCCAAAAUGCAAUUACAAGAGAUUCAAGAUAACAUUCGAAGCCGACGAAACAAGAUCUUCUUGCACAUGGAAGAGGUGCGGAGGCUAAGGAUACAACAACGGAUUAAAAACACAGAACUUGGUAUCAUAAACGAAGAACAAGAACAUGAAUUACCUAAUUUCCCAUCUUUUAUCCCGUUCUUACCUCCAUUGUCUGCUGCCAAUUUGAAAGUCUAUUACGCAACUUGUUUUUCACUCAUCGCCGGGAUUAUCCUAUUCGGUGGCUUACUAGCUCCUACUCUAGAGCUGAAGUUAGGUAUAGGAGGCACAUCAUAUGCAGAUUUCAUUCAAAGCCUUCAUCUACCUAUGCAAUUGAGUCAAGUGGAUCCGAUAGUAGCAUCGUUUUCUGGAGGAGCGGUUGGUGUGAUUUCGGCUUUGAUGGUAGUAGAAGUUAACAACGUAAAGCAGCAAGAGCACAAGAGAUGCAAAUACUGUCUAGGAACUGGGUAUCUAGCAUGUGCUCGUUGCUCUAGCACAGGUGCUCUUGUUUUAACUGAACCAGUCUCAGCUGUUGCUGGUGUGAAUCAUUCUCUAUCACCACCCAAAACCGAAAGAUGUUCAAACUGUUCAGGUGCCGGAAAGGAAUGGCUAUGGCGAGUGAGCACGAUCCUCGUAUUGAUCCCUUUGAUUGAAUCUACAACAAAUUCUACUUCCUCAGACUCUCGUUCUGUCAGUGUAACUAAAAAUGUUCCGUAACAAUGAGAAGAAAAAAAGGAUGGAACAAGGUGUGUGUGUGGCUCAAGCUUCCCAGCCACACAAGAGAGUGGCGCGAGUGGCUCGUUUAACACCAUGAGAAUGGUGAAACUUGGAUGUUGUGAAAGGCACGAGCCAUGUUCAUACUGGAGCUCUGUUUUGCGUAUAUGUUUGGAAGAAGCACCACUACUUUCUUCAACAGAAUCUGCACAUAGACACAAGCAGAGGGGAGCUUUAGAAACCAAUCUCUUUGAGUAACAUAGCUUCAGUGGCGCAAACGAAACCGCGUCCUGUGGCAGCUUGAAAAAAUCUAUUCAUGCAGAAUUGGGGUAUCUCAAGAACUCUGUUUCUUCAGACCAAUGAGCUUACAUGGUCUGUUUCUUGAGAGCUAGGGAAUAUGAGAAGCCUUAAGAUUCAAAAACUUCAAUCGUUUAGUUUCCCUUCAACAUUAUACAACGGCAACAUCUCUGAGUUCGUAUCUCAGCUUACUGAUCACGAAAUCAUCGAACUUUGGCAAAAGAUUGAUGAAUGAAUAGGAAAACAGAGCAUUUUUUGACACUUUUUUAAAAAAUAGUUUGGAAGUUUGAUAUUUAAGAUUUUUAUAUGAGAA